UGAGAGGGAGAGAGAGAGAGAAAGAGAGUCAGAGACGGAGAGAGAGAGAGUGUGAGGAGGACAGAGAUAAGGCACAGUUUGCUCUCUGCCGAGCUACUAGGACCAUCCGCACUGACAGAAGGAAAAGGAGACAGACUGAGACACACGCACGCACACAGCCACAUGCGCAUGUGUUGAGCGCACACACACACACACACACACACACACACACACUCUCUCACACGCUCACAUCUGAUCCGCGAAGCAGAAGGUGACUACAUCACCAGAGGACGGGAGAGUAGAAACGUUCAGUGCUCACUGGAAUCAAGGACUACGUCCACUGCUCAACCUGAACACACAGAGAGGAUCUCAACACUGACCUGGGACGGAUGAGGUGUCUUUUUUUAAAAUACAAACGGACCUUUCAAAUGAUUGAUUGAUUGAGUGAUUGAUCUGUCUUUACUCUGCUGAAGGGUGGAAGGCUUUUAUGUGAAUGUGAGUGUGUUUUAAUUGCAUGUGCUUAAGAGAAGUAGUGGGUGAGUGUGCUGUUAGUCUGCUGCGUACUGUGUGUGUGUGUUAGUGUGUGUGUGAGUGUGGUUGACUGAGCGAGUCCGGGACAAGUCAUGCAACACUAGCUGCCUUUCAUCUGUGACGGUUCACACUAUACAGCAGAGCUGUGAAAAGACUAGCGUAUCCUUUAGCUGUGCGUACGUGUGUGUGUGUGUGUGUACGUGUGAGUGAGUGUGUGUGUGGCAGUGUACCAGAAGUGUUUGUUUUUCCAUCUACCUCCACUAACUACACCCGAAAGGAGCCUCCUCGUUAACCGUCCGAGCCGAGACUUAGGUGCCCGUGACGAGCGUUGCGAGCGCGAGUGUAGCGUGAAGCGUGAAGCGCGAGGUGAAGUGACAGAGACUGAAGAUGAGCGAGACGAAGAAGAGGGAGCUGGACAUGAGGGACAAGGCCAUCCUCCACCAGCAGAGGAGACUCAAACAGGCCACCCAGUUCACGCACAAGGACUCCGCCGACCUGCUGCCCCUCGAUGGACUCAAGAGACUCGGCACCUCCAAAGACCUGCAACCCCACAGCAUCGUGCAGCGGCGCCUGAUGGAGGGCAACAUCCGUCUCCGUGGCGACGCCCUGGACCCCUUGGGCCGCAUGCGCUCGCCCCUCGCUGACAGCAAGGAGGCGGGCGGCGGGAGCGUCUCCACGGAGACGGAGGAGAAGAGCGAGAGCACGGCGGACGACUCCACCGAGGAGCGCGAGUCGCCCGAGGAGAGCGAGAAGAGCCUGAGGUCCGAGGAAGAGGAGGAGGAAGAGGAGGAGGAAGAAGAGGAAGAGGAGGAGGUGGAGGAGGAGGAUGGAGAGACAAGAAGAGGAAAGGCAGAGAUGCAGCAGACCGGGCCGGGUCAGAAUGGAGGAAGUGAGAAAAUGGAGGAGAGGAAGAAGAAAGUGGAGACGGAGGGAAGAGAGACAUCGUCCUCUUUGGCUGCUCUGGUGGUCCAGUGCAAGUGUCAUGAUGCUGAGGUAAAGGCGUCCAUAAACACCGGCUGCCAGCACAACCACAUCUCUCGCUCCUGCUGCAGACGGCUAGGGCUAAAGCCCACCGAGGGUCCAGCGGCGGUGAGGGCUGAGGGGCAGCAGGGCCGUCUGCAGGAGGCCCCCAGUGGGAGUGUGGUGGGGGGGCUGGAGCUCCAGCUGGGGACGGACAGGGUGCAGUGCUCUGCACAGGUCACAGAUGAUGAGGUGUUUGAGCUGUGCCUGGGACUCCAGACUCUGCUGGAACUGAAAUGCUGUGUGGACUUGAGCUCCAGGGUUCUCCGGCUCCAGGCGAGUGGAGAAGAGCUGCCUUUCCUGGAGGCCUCCGCCCACCACAGCCAGUGCCACCAUGACAACAACAAGAACAUGUGACGUCACUUCCUGUGAUGUCAUCCUGAUGUGGAUCCCGCCUCCCAGCAUCCGGAGGAUGAUAUCUCUUACCAUCUAUAUCUCUCUUUCUUUCUUUCUUUCUUUCUUUCUUUCUUUCUUUCUUUCUUUCUAUCUAUCUCUCUCUUACUCCUGUUCACACUGUUGUGUUGGGGUUUUUGUGCUUAUUCUGCAUUUGCCAUGAUUCUGUCAUGAUUCUGUUGUAUUGUAAAGUGAAUGGAGGCCAAGAGAGAUUAUUAUAAUAUCUAUGUAUCAUUUCUUCAUAAACAUGUACUUCAGAUUAUUGUUUUUAAUCAAU